AUGGAAAUGGACUUUAGUUCAUUACUUCAGCCAAAUGACCUGGAGCCCGAUAGAAUUACUGCUGGAAGUCAAAGUCUCCUUGACGACACAUUGGAUCAUUUUGAUACCGAAGAUGACUUGAGCAUACCCAUACCCAACAUCCAGAACCUAGACAUUGGCGGUGAACAUGAUGACGCUGCUGCCGAAGAUGAUGUAAUUUUACAAGUAACGCUAGAUACUACAAAGACCAGUCCAUGGGUAGAUAUCCUUGAGGAGACCAAGACAUCAGCUCGGAACGGCGAUGGACAGCUUCUAAGCACCGUCUCUCAAUUUGUGGGAAUUCUCUCGCGCACCGGCAUCCACGGACCACGCCAUUUGAAGGCGCACAAUCUGAAGAGUCGUGCAACCAAGAUUGGAAGCGGAUCUCAAUUCACAGUGUUCAAAGACAACCCGGAUGGCUUCCUUGCAGACGAUGGUAUCGUGGUGAAGCGUGUCAAUGUGCCUCUCUCAUUUGAAAAUGGGGUAGGGACCUUUGCCCAGGGUGCAGAAUAUAGAACGCAAUUGAGAAGCUUAGAGCUCGAGAUUCUCUCCCUCUGUAACCCCGUAUUAAGGAACCACCGCAAUAUUGUUCGUCUGGUUUCUUGGGGGUAUGACUAUCCUCAACCAGACACGCCGUUGCCAGUUCUCUUCAUGGAAGAGGCACUGAUGCCAUUGAAUGGUUUCCUUCAGAAUAAGAAUUUUGAAGAAGCCCUAAGACAAAGCAACCGUGAAGGCUACGACAUCAAAUAUCAUUUCUGUCUCGAUAUCAUCGCUGGUGUGGAGGCAAUGCAUCGACUUAAUAUCGUCCAUGGAGACCUCAAGCCUGAAAAUAUUCUUGUCUUCAAAGGGGAUCAUCCAGAUGUUCCAUUUUGCGCAAAGUUGAGUGACUUUGGAGUAUGUAUCGACAUAGAGAAUGCAGCCAACCCACUUACUAUUGAUGAUUAUACUGGAACCAAGGCAUGGCUAGCACCCGAGCUUCGCGAUCGCACCCUGGCUGACUUCAAACCGGAACUGAUGCUUCGCUUCGAUGCAUUUAGUGUGGGCCUUGUGAUAUUGUCAGUCUUCCUUCAAAAUUGCGGCACUGUAGAUUUAGGUAUGAAAGGGCAGGACCCGGUUGAGGUUGCGCUUCACCGUCUCCGCACUGAGGAUGACAUCCCAAGCGCAAUCAAAAGAGCGCUUUCUUCCUCUAUACGUAGUCUUCUUGAUAGCAAUAUCUGGAACAGGCUUCUGCCAAACACCGACAUGCUCAGCACUGAGACUGAAUCAUACGCUUCUUGGUUAUCGGCGUGUCAGCGGAGUCGGCAAAACAGAGUACCUACUGGUACAAUUGAUCCUAUCUAUAACAAAGGCCCUCUCUUCUGGUACAGACUCGACGGAUCUGUGUUUGCUGAGCUAGAGAGUCAGUAUGCAUCCUUCAAGGCCGAUUCACUUUCGUCUUUCCCCGGUGAUGUUUGUUUCGGUCUUGCGCAAACAGUCACUGCGAUGAAGCCUACAUAUUUGGACAGAUUACUGGAGUUUCUCACAGAGGCUGCAAGGCAAGGCUAUUCACCUGCACGGGCAGUAUAUGCUCAAGUUGUACGAGCACAUGGUCUUGAGUCUGAUUUUGAUGAGAAUACAUUGAACAGAUGGAUGUUGCAAGCAAUUUCGGAAGGUUAUCUCUAUGCCGAGCCUUCUUCAAGUACUCGCAUAGAGGAUAUCAGAUCUGCACAGGAACGAUUCCGUCACGCCGGAGGGUACUGUUCUGAUCCUUUCCUGGAAAAAUCAACUGUGGUCGAUAGUUUGAGGCAGAAAGCGGUUCCUGAUAAGCCUACCAACUCAGUGGAUCAUGUUGGAAACACUAUUCUCCAUGUAGCAGCAUCACUAGGUCUUGUUGAUAUUGUCAAAUGGAUCGUUGAAGACUACAGAGUGCCAGUGAACGUUCAAAACGAUAACUUCGAGACUCCUCUAUAUAAAGCCUGCCAAGCCGGUCAUGCAGAAGUGCUCUAUUAUUUACUGGAGGAAGGUGCUAAUGGAGCAGUUCAGACUAAAGCAAAUAGCCUUACGCCACUACACUGGUUGUUUGUAUUCCCACAAGAGCAUAUAUACGAUGUCGCCAAAAGGUUAAUUAGCCUCGGGGGAGCCGAUGUCAAUGCGGUUAUGAAGCCUUCAUCGUCUGAGGCUGCUAAUCAGUUCCCUCGAAAAUUCUCUAUCAACCAUUUUCCUUUUGAAAUGCCUUUGGGGACUCCCCUUCAUUGGGCUUCUUUCGCCCAUAACACCCUCGCCAUUGAUACAUUGCUUGGUCUUGGGGCUAAUAUUAACGCUGUAUACAAUGGCAUGGAUCUAUCAACAACGCCUUUAGCGCUGGCAGUCUGGUUCACCGAGCCCGAUGUGGUUCUUCAUCUUCUGUCGAAGGGUGCUGACGCUAACGUGAAGGAUAUGCAAGGCAGAAACCUUCUACACCUCAUAUCACAUCAUUUGCCUGAUCGACACGGACAGUUAACACAUUAUUGGCAUUAUUGGAUUCGGCAUGGUAAUUGGGAGAAACACGUGCACAAGAUGAGAACUAUAGUUAGGGCUCUUGUCGAAGCGGGUGUUGAUUUGGAGGGAACACGAGACAAUGAUAGGGCAAAACAAACACCGAUUUUGCUGGCUGCAUCUACAGGGAGAAUUUGGGACGCUGGUGCCAUAUGCGCAAUGCUUGAUGCUGGUGCUGAUGUGGACGCACCGAGGGAUGGAGUUGGAGACACAGUACUUCACGCCUGGUCUUCCAUAACAGGACCUCGGAUUGCAUACCCAUCAGCGUACCUCCAAGUAUUUGAAACUAUAGCGUCUCGAGCUCCAAAUAACAUCAAUGUUCACAACAAGUUUGAUAAAGAUAUACCGCUCCACCUUCUAGCAACAAUCUAUCAUUCAGAAGAGGAAUUUGAAGCAGCAUGCGACAUUCUCUUUAUCAACGGCGCCCAAAGUCUUGAGAAGACAAUAAAUAUCAACGCUGAGAAUAACCGUGGUAUGACACCACUUUUCUGCGCUCUCCAGAGCACGAAUAUUGAUGCCGCAAGGAGGGGACUAUAUCUUGCUAGGCAUGAAGCAGAUAUCACUGGACAUUUUGUCGAUGCUACAAAGGAUAAUAUUUAUGCCAUCACUUCCAAUCGCAGUUUGGGCGAUAGGAAAAGCUAUGAGCUUAUCGCUAAUCUUCUUGACCAUCUCGCAAGUAGUCACUCGCAGGAGAGAAAAGGAAGCAUAGUACCUGACUUUGGUAACCAUGAGGAACUUGUGGCUACUUAUAAGCCUGUGUACCAACGUUUUUUUGAGCCGUCUUCGAAGCAAAACCAAACGUCUUAUAUAUUGUCUCUAUGGGCUUCAGCUUCCUCGGGCCGUUUACUCACGACCAGGCUUCUUCUAGAUUUAGCCCUGCCCUCCCUCGAGAUAUCAAGAUUACUCAACGAGCCUACGACCAACUACCGGAACUCCUUUUCUCACUCUUCACCAUCAGCAUCAUCAUCAUCAUCAUCCGACGAGCCCCAGACUCUUUUGGACUCCAUCAUGCAACAAUCUGAAUUUGCUCGUCGUAGAUACAUUUCUACCCUUCGGGCGUUCAAAGCUGGCUUUGCCCGAGAGCGCGCCAUUAAGCAAAAUCUAGCCUUUGGUCCAAGUGACGGAUCUCCUGAGCGUGAUGCUGAGAGAUAUACAAAUCUGCCUCAAAUUUUACGUAUGCUUAGAGACGAAUAUGGUGCCAAAAUGGCUGUUGAGACAUUCUCAAUGUCACAAAGAUGGUAUCGCAGGAUAACUCUCAAAGAUUCUCUCCAGGAGGAACAGCUUCUCUUGUCGGCUGGAGGAGCAUGGGAUUUGACAGAGCUAUACGAAUGCGGAUACAGCCCAGAAACUCAACCGCACAGAGAUCAAUGGAGAGUUCUGUAUGAACUUGCUGCAGGUAUCAUCAACAGCGACAGUUCUGACAGCAUAGUCAUCAAUUAUUUGAGAAAGAGGUAUACUGAGGAUCAGGGGCAAGGGUGCUGCUGGAGGCCGCAUGUCAAGCUUUUGCAGACCAAACCGCUUGGUAACCAUUCCUCUGAGGAAAUAGAGCCGUUUACAAGAAAUAGGGAUAGACUGUUGCCGAUGAUCAUUUCAACGUUUGCGAAGCUAGGCGAGACAGACAGCGACGGUAGGGUGUGGAUCGAAGCUUGCGAUGAUUCCAGCAUGGCAGCAGAGGCAAAGGUUCAGGUUGAGAUUGUAGAUGGAGUGCGGGUGGGAAAGACACGGACGAUCAAGAACAACAAACUAAGACAGUGA